AAAGCCCCAAAAAAGCUUACAUCUUUUGCACUUGAUCAAACUUUUUUCUGGGAGAGCGUGUGUCGUCUCUCUUCCCUCUCAGCAGAUCACUCCGUUGACUCUGUACCAGACGUAAAAAAAGAUCGAAACAUUCGGAGCCAGCCAUGAGCUCGGUUUUGCAGGGUUUUACGAAGUCACUCGCCAUGACUUUCGUGUCGGAAAUUGGCGACAAGACGUUUUUCGCUGCAGCUAUUCUAGCGAUGCGUUAUCCGAGGAGACUUGUGUUGGCUGGUUGUGUAUCGGCUCUAAUUGUCAUGACUAUCCUCUCUGCUACUGUUGGAUGGGCUGCUCCUAAUCUGAUCCCUCGCAAAUGGACGCAUCACAUAACAACAUUGUUGUUUUUUGGUUUUGGGUUAUGGUCUUUAUGGGAUGGUUUUAAACAAGGAGGAGGAGGGGGCUCAGAAGAAUUAGCUGAAGUUGAAGCAGAACUGGAUUCUGAUUUGAAGGCUAAUGGUAAAGCUACAAAAGACAAGGUUGAAGAUGAAAACAAAAAGCAGAAAAGGCCGUUCCUCACACAGUUCUUCUCUCCAAUUUUUCUCAAGGCAUUUUCAAUUAAUUUCUUUGGUGAAUUUGGUGACAAGAGUCAGCUUGCUACAAUUGGUUUAGCCGCAGAUGAAAAUCCGUUUGGGGUGAUCCUUGGUGGAGUUUUGGCACAACUGUUGUGCACCACUGCUGCUGUGAUUGGCGGAAAAAGCUUAGCGUCUCAGAUAUCGGAACGAAUAGUUGCUCUUUCUGGUGGAAUGCUUUUCAUUAUCUUUGGCAUCCAAUCGUUUCUUACUUCUGUUGAGACCUAAUGCUUCCCCAAACCUUUCUUUCUGGUGACCCCACUCCUCUUCAAGUGGGUCCGCUGCCUUACUCUACUGGUUUUUUUGAAAAUGCAGGUUUUGUAGGGAGAGCUGAAGAUCUUCAUUGAUGAAGAACGUUACCUAUCCAUAGUUUCUUAGAUAUUUAAUCAUGAUACGAGAUGUUUACAAAAGUUAUUACAAAUCUAAUCUGAAAUAUUUUCUCCCGUGAAAAAAAAAAUUAAACUUGGCUGAAGCAGCCCCAUCUAAGUAUCUAACAUCAGUAAUGUUUUAGUUAAUCUGUGGUUUUUUAGUUAUUUACGAGUGGUUCUUA